CAGCCAGAAGUGGCCUGGGGACCGCGGGCUGCGGAUGGAGCCGAGGGCCAGGUCUCUCAGGAAGCAAUGGCCGCAAAAACCCUCCUGAAACCCGCACCGUUUGAAGGCAGAGCAGCCGCGGGUCCAGUGGAAGCCUCCGCCGGGCCACCCCACCCCCUCGCUAUGCACGUCACGCGGCCCAAAUCUGCCAAGGGCCGCACGAGAACGAGCGCGAACUACCCUGCCGGCCCAGGGGCCCGUUCCACUCCAGUGCCCCCCACCCCUCCUGCGGUGGUCCCCUGCGAAGGCCCGGGCCGCAAGCAGUCGGUGGGAUCGCCCGCGGCCCCGCCGCCCAGCCAGGGAGCCCCGGGGGAAAUCCUCGAGCCCCUCCAGCAGCCGCCCUUACGACCCUCCUCUUCCCUCAACAAAUAUCGCGUCCUCCCAUCCAUCAACAGGAAGAGCCCGGCCGAGGGGCCGGCGGCCACGGCGCCUAGGCGGACCGGGCAACUCCAACUGAGCCCUACCCGGGAGCUGCAUCUCCAAGGCCUCCGCGGGGAAGAGACCGCCAACGUGACGUCGAAGGGAGAAUGUCCGAGACCCCCGGCCCCUCCUCCCGGGGGGAAGCCCGUCAUCCGGGCCGGGACCCCGAGCUCCCCUGAAGUCGUGAGCCAGGAGGAACCACUGGGCCAAGAAGCUCCGUUGCUCCUCGCCGUCAGGUCUCCGUCCGGCCAAAGGUUCGUCCACCGUUUCCGGCCGACCGACAGCCUCCAGACGGUCCUGGCCGUGGCCGAGCGAGAGAACAUGACGUCCUACAGCCGCUGCAGCGUCGAGACGAUGGAAGUGCCGAGGAGGAGCUUUUCGGACCUCACCAAGUCUCUGAAGGAGUGCGGGAUCCUCCACAAGUCAGUGCUGUGCAUCUUACCAAAGGAGUGAGGGGGGCGGCCGGGAGGCUUCCCGGGAUUCAAUCCCGACUCUCGACCCCCACCUGCCCGAGUGGGGAAAUGCCAGUUGGAUGCCAUGGACUCUCUGGGUCUCUAGAUCUAGCGUACUGAGCGGCUUCGAGGGGUAGGUUUGCCUCCAUUGGCGGAGGGCCUCCCUUCGAAGGAGGGCGAGGAGCGGGCUGAGUGCCUUCCCCGAGGAUUGCAAUGUGGUUCGCAUCCGUUCCGUACAAUCACAGAGCGAUUGAUUAGGGACCCCCUAGUCGGCCUCUUGGUCCCCCACGGCUCUCUUGUGACGGCUCCGGAAGGACGCGAUAACCAGGGAGAGGCUGCAGGUUUCAGUCGGGUGACGGGGUUGACAUCCGGCUUGGUACAGCCCCAUAGAAAUCAGUUCCCCAAACAUCACUGGCUCGAGGAUCCUGGAUCGGCUGACGGGGGAGCAGACCACGUGGAUUUGCCUCCUGUGCGGAGUGCGGCAACUGAGGCCUUGCUUUGGAUAUUCCCACUGCUGACUACAGCAGGGAAACCAAAGAAAAGUCCAGGGGUCAUUUGAAUUAAUUUCCCCAUUAAAACUCUCAGAAAUCAAAAUGGAGCUAAUUCCGACCUCGGCCUCUCUCUGGGAAGACAAACAGGAGCAAUCCUCAUUUCCCCCUUAAACAGUAAGGAUGUCGGGAUGCUAUUUAUUCACUGGGGCCUUGGUAUAGCUGUGGCACAGCUAAACCACGGAGGCUCUUUCAGAAUUGCUAAGGAAACCCUCCUCUUGACAGAGUCUGCCAUAGAGCUGCUGUGCACAUGUGCUAAACAAUCCCUCUCAUAAUUUCUGCUAGGACAGUGUAAAUCCCAGGGCACUAUCUGUUGAUCGGGCCUACGGAGUCUUGGUUUUCCACUACAGCAGUUGGCCACCACGGACCAGUUGCUAAACCCCUUCUGUAUUACCGGCACCUCCCCAGUUAUUUUGCCACAUGAUAGCCAAACCUCCAUUUUGAAGUAUUGGGAGAGAGCUGUUGAGAAUCCUGUCCUUUGUGUUCCCGCCUCGAGCUGCUUACCGGACCGUCACCCCCCAGCCCCAAAAGGGCAUUUUUUUUUCCAACCCACGAGCACAGAUAUUAAUAGGUGUGGACAGGAAUUCGCAUGCCUAGACCCGAAUCCCGAGGGAUUUUAAGUCCACCACUACCUCUGCAUGAACCACGUUUUACAUCAACGGAGGAUGCUGUCAGAGAUGUUUCUAGCGGGGAAAUUGGAGCUGUGGGACGGAGAGAGAUUGGCUCUGGCAAAGCGCCUCUGCCCAGCUUCUGGGGGUGGUGAGCAACUCUCACUAAGCUCUCUUGGAGGGGGAGAGCAGUCCCGGAUCGCUGCAUCCCUGCAAAUUGGCAGAUUAUUUUCCAGGCGCAGCUAAAAAAAUGAGGAGCGGCUCUUUGGUUAAUCUGGGCCUGGAGAUGGGAAAUCAUCCAUGACGCGGCUUUCUUUUCACCGUGAAAAACUGGACUGAGGAGUCAGCCUCCAACCCCGCCAAGAACUCUCUCAGAUCCACAGGCAGCCAACACAACUUUUGCCUCACUUCUAGGGAGCUGGAGAACCACUUGUGAGUCCCACCUUCUCUUGUGGAAUCAAAGGAGAAAGCCCGGCUGAGCCGGGCGGGAAAAUCAGGGCAUUUCCAGAAAGUAAGCCGCAGUAAACUUCAGUGAAAGAAAGCGGGGGAGAAAUGGAUGUUUUCCCAAUUCCGUUCUGCAGAAAGGGGCUUUCUCUCCUGCUGAUGGGUAGCAAGAGGGGUCUUAGAUGGUUGGGGGAAACCUUAAAACCACACAGUCUGGAAAGCUUUUCAUACUGUUUUGAGGUAAAGGAACUUUCAGUUAAAAAACACUUAAAUUCUUUUCUAACCAAAGCGCUCUUCUUAACAAUAAAACCUUUCUGUGUGAAAUCGUCAUUAAAAGCACUGAACGU